GCUUCUAUAGCCUACUCUGGUGCUGGGCGGCCAGGGCUGGCGGCCAGAGGCACUGAUCUGUGGACAGAGGGGGAUAUCGCCUAGGGUUCAAAUAGUCCAAUAGAAAAGGUUUAAGAGGAAAACGAGGGAAGACAAAGAGAAUUAUAGAAGUUGGUUGGUAAUAUAUCACCUUCUGAUUUGCUGCAUCUUACCAGCUACAUGUAGAUGGGGAGGGUUAAUCUUUAGGUUGGAGAGAAAGAGAGAGACCUUUCACCUUUAAACUACCCCUUAAUUAAAUUGCUCACCAAGUAAACCCUCUCUCUCUCACCAUAACCACAACUUUAAUUCUUCAUUCAUAUCCACUUCCAUAUUCCCAUCUCCAUGUAUGCUUUGUUUUAACCGGUGUCUUUUUGGAGAAAAUGGGCAGUGAGUGCAAUCCAAGUAAUAAGCUCCAUUAUGACAUUACGAUGUCCAAGAGAACCAGGAAGCCACUGAAUCUCCAAGAAAAAGCUAUUCAUCAAAACAGUCAUACAACUGCUAGUAUAUUUGAUCAAAGCUCCCCAAGCAAAGGUGAUCAUCAUGAAGAGGAAUUAGAAAGUGAUCGUAAAAGCUUAAAGCAACUCAUCAAUGGGGACGAAAAGGCAAUCAGCAGAUCAGGGAGCAGCUGCAGGAGUAGUACUUCACUGGGUCACCACUUCACGGAAGAAGAGAAACAGCUUCAGCUGGUGAAGAAAAAUCAACAAGAUAAUGGAUUGAAGCUCAAAGGAAUGAUGAGUCGCUAUGCCAAAGUUUUGAGCCAUUUGGUCAAACUCAAGCGUGAGUCCAGGAAAAAACAUCUUCUCCGGUUAACAAUGUAGGCUAUAUAUUGGCUAUCUCUGAUUUUUGAGAUCUCAUCCUCAUAUCUCAUGCAUAUAUAUGUAAAUAUAUUUAUAUGGGAGAGAUCAACUUAAAUCAAUAUAAAACU